AACAACCCACCACAAUUAUGAUGCAGAAAGAAUGUUUUCUCAUGGUUCUUCGAUGGAGGGCCCUGGGAACGACGAACAUGCUAGCAGUCCAGACUCCAGUUCAUUUCCCAGGGCACUGUGCGAAGCAGAUACACUUGCAAAACCGAAUAUAGCCGGUUGCAUGCGGGCCCAGUUUGGGAACCAUUUCCCUAGCUGAAAACACCGGCAGACCUCCAAGGACUGGUCGAAACCAGUGUGGCAGCUCUCCCAGGCUCUGCUUGGGUAGAGGUGCGUGGGGACCCACUGACCCGGCGAGAAAGCUCCCCAACAUCCUCAGACGAAUUUUCCUAGGAUCUAGUUUCUGCUUGGGCUGAAAACUGUCUAUAUCAACAAAACAGCGACUAUACUCAGAACCGCCCGCGAACUUCCCCUUCCACACAUAAUCCUGGGUCCGCUGCUUUCGAUUAUGGUACCCUCGCUACUGGAACCUCUUUUGCAAAGGUUUUUAUCUUACUGUAGCUCGGGGCCUUCGAUGCAGCGCUCUCCCCUUCUCAUCUCUGAAUUCCCUUUCUCUUUCUCCAGUCUUUUGUCCUUUUAGCAUACGUGCGGUCCAGAAGCCCACAGACUGGAAGAAACAGAGCCAUAAAGACUGCGGUGUCUCUGAGUUUUAUUUAGGGGCCUGGAUUCUCCCAGGGACUACGGCAUCACGAUUUAAGAAAAUUAAAAAGAAAAAUAAGAAAGGCAAGGGGCUAUGAGGGACCGGUAGAGGGCAGAGAAGAGAGAAGAAAAACAAGAAAAUGACGCAACAUCCAGAGCCGGGAGGAUUUAGAAAGGUUCCCGCCCGCGCGCUUUCGGUUUUCACUCUGGUCCGAUCCUCUCAUAUAUCAGAGGGAAGCCACGUUCAGUGUUUCACAGGCUGGUAUUUCCGACUGCAUCUACCAUGUCUGGGAGAGGAAAGGGUGGGAAGGGCUUAGGCAAGGGGGGUGCCAAGCGCCACCGCAAGGUUCUGCGCGACAACAUCCAGGGCAUCACCAAGCCCGCCAUCCGCCGCCUGGCCCGGCGCGGUGGUGUCAAGCGCAUCUCCGGCCUCAUCUACGAGGAGACCCGCGGGGUGCUGAAGGUGUUCCUGGAGAACGUGAUCCGGGACGCCGUCACCUACACCGAGCACGCCAAGCGCAAGACCGUCACCGCCAUGGACGUGGUCUACGCGCUCAAGCGCCAGGGGCGCACCCUGUACGGCUUCGGAGGCUAGGCCCCCCGCCACUCCUUCAUCCCCCAUCCCUAACGGCCCUUUUUAGGGCCAACCACAGGCUCAUCAGGAGAGCUGGCACUCUUGACUGCUGGGUCUGAACCAAAUUACAGUCGAUCUAGGUUCGGUAUGGUGAAGGCGCAUCCUCAAAAUGGAGUCGCCCAGUUUGUUGGAAGCCGCGCUACCGGGCGUCCGUUUAGUGCCCUCCAUUAAGGUUAAUUUCCUGGGUUAACAUCCUGGGCAGAGUCUGCUCACAGGCAACUAUUAGUUUCCAGUAACGGUGUGCGCUGGUUAUUUUUAGCGCUUUGUGGCCAGGACCGCCGUAGGCUGGCUCCUCAGUCUAGGCAAUGACGUAGGAAAUACUGGCCUGGAAUUGCGGCUUUGCAAGUAUACAAUUGCAACGACACUUUCAUGUCUUGUAACAAGCAAACCACCUGUGAUGGUUAUAAUCCCAGCAGCUG